CGCUGCAUGUGGCGCCUCUGUCGAAGAAAAAAUGAAGCUCCGUUCCGACAUCCAUACAGCGCCAAUCGAUGCAGUGACAAAAGGCUCAAACUAUUAGCCAAAUUAUCGACGAUAGAUUUUGGCUAGCGAUUUCUGCGUUUUUCCCCUAGAUGGGACAAACACCGUCUGUCGAGUAAAUAAAGUUCUCCUACUAUGUUAUUAACUCCUACUUUUUUUUUUCAGGCGAAAAAAUGAGCGCUUGGUAGGGGGUAACCGGUGCGCGGACAGAUGCGGCACGUGAGGGGUUUCUGUUCCUCUCUUCGUUUUGUCUCGUCUUGUUGCCCGCUGUUUCCCUUAACAUCACUAAUUUACAGUUUAUAUUUACAUUUCGUUACAUUUUACACUGUAUAAUAAUUUACGUAUGCGGGGCGCUGUUAAAGUUUCAGUGUUCGAAGCACCAGUGAAUUUUAUUCUGACGUAUUUUAAACGAUUUUAACGAUUUUCUCGUUAGUAGAAUUAACAUUUUCUACGCAGUUUUUAUCUGAAAAAAGUAUUCAACUUUAACAAUCUUCGGUGAUUUUAUCCUAUAGUAAUGGCACACAAUGAAAAUAACAAAAUCGACGGAUCAGCUGAAAUUGAAGGAGAAAAUGGAAAUAAUGGAACCGAAGAAUCAGAAAAGAUUCUCAUCAUAGAUCCAGAUAGUGCUGAAUUAGAUUUUAAUCAUUCGAGAGUAACCAAAUUAGAGAAUUUGGAACCAUUGUCGAAAAUACGUAGAUUGUGUUUUACGUGGAAUUUAAUUAAAAAAAUUGAAAAUCUGGAUACUCUUACAACAUUGGUUGAACUAGAAUUGAGAGAUAACCAGAUUGUUGUUAUAGAAAACCUAAGUGCUCUUGUAAAUCUAGAGCUUCUAGAUCUAUCUUUCAAUCGUAUUAAAAAAAUUGAAGGAUUAGAAAAUUUAUUAAACUUACAAAAAUUGUACUUGUCGUCGAAUAAAAUUCAGUGUAUUGAAAAUUUAUCGCAUCUAAAAAAUUUGAAAACUCUCGAGUUGGGUGACAACAAAAUACGAGAAAUCAACAAUUUUGGAGGUCUUGAAAAUUUAUUGAGCUUAUUCCUUGGUAAAAAUAAAAUUACAAAGAUUGCGAAUCUAGAAUGUUUAAUAAAUCUUCAUUUAUUAAGUCUGCAAAGUAAUCGCAUCGUACGGAUCGAGAACUUGGAAGAGCUGAGAAAACUAGAUCAAUUAUAUAUAUCUGAAAAUGGUAUAACCGUCAUAGAAGGACUGAUAAAUUGUCAAAAACUAACUACUUUAGACUUAGCGAAUAAUAAAAUAACAAAAAUUCAAAAUAUUGAUCAUUUAAUGGACUUGGAGGAGUUUUGGAUAAAUAAUAAUGAAAUCGAUGAUUGGGCAACCAUAAAAAACUUAACUGCUAAUAAAAACUUGCAGACUGUUUACUUAGAACAUAAUCCUAUUGCUGCGGAUCUAAAUUACAGAACAAAAAUAAAAUUAUUGCUACCGUGGCUCGUUCAACUAGAUGCAACACUUUGUAGAUGAAUACUGAAAUCUUAUUAUGUAGAUCAUUAUUAUGUAACAAUAAUGUACGUUUAUGAAUGUUGUUAUUUAUUUCUAUCUUGACAUACUAAUUUCAAAGAUUCUUUUUAGCAAACAGAAAACAUUGGCAACAUAUUGUCAACGUUCUUAAUUAAAGAUGUAAUAUAUUUAACGUUUUUUCAAUGAG